AUGGACGCGUUCCAGAGCCUCCAGCAAGGCGCUUCGUUCGACACGAAGCGCUUCAAGUCGGACAUCAACCUCUUCAAGAAUGCCAAGAAGAGCGGCGCGAUCGGCCUCGGCGUCGCCAACACCAACAUUGGCGAGCUCGACUUCUUUGGCUGCAACACGCCCGCGCCGGCGCCCAAGAAGCCACACCAGCGCGCGCGCACGUCGAGCAUCGAUGUGCCCAAAUGGGCCGGCGGCGGCGAAAACGAGCCCAAGCGCAAGGAAAGCAGCAAGCAGCGCCGGAAGCGCAAGCUCAGCGAAGAUGCGCUCGCCGAAGAAAAGGUAGCGCAGGCCGACCGCCUCGCCGCGUCGCGCCUCCUCGUGCCGUCGACCAAGUCCAAGAAGACCAAGCCGGCCAAGCGCGCAGCGCCAUCUUCGUCGUCCAGCGAGAGCAGCUCUGCCGAAGACGAGCAAGAUGAGGAUGAUGACGCCAGCGACGACGACGACGACAACGAAAACGUCAAUGUCUUUGGCAACACGGUGACCGUCGACGAGAGCGCCGCACCGCACUCCAACCACGCCGAUGACAUCAAGCAGCUGCGGAAGCGGCUCAACAUUUCGACGUGGGGCACGAUGGUGCCCGACCCGAUCGUCGAAUUUGCCGACAUGGCGAGCACCGGCAGUCUUCGGUCGACACUCCUCGCCAACGUGGAGGCCUCGCAGUACAAGAACCCGACGCCGAUCCAAAUGCAAGCGAUUCCAGCAGUCUUGAAGCGCCGCGAUGUGCUCGGCAUUGCGCCGACCGGGUCGGGUAAGACGGCUGCGUUUGCGAUUCCGAUGCUCUUGAACUUGGAGCGCCCGCGUCAGGACCAAGGCAUUCGGUCGGUCGUACUCGUUCCGACGCGCGAACUCGCGGUGCAGAUCCACGCUGAGUUUCAGCGCCUCAGUGCCGGGCGCAAAUUUCACAUCUCGCUCCUCUCCAAGGCCAGCGCGUCGACCAUGGCGUCCCAUGCCAAAAACUGCACGGUCAACUACGACGUGGUGAUUGCGACGCCGCUGCGCCUCGUGCAUCUCAUUACCGAGAGCGCGCUGGCCCUCGACAAGGUUGACAUGAUUUGCUUGGACGAAGCCGACCGGCUUUUCGAGAUGGGUUUUGUCGAGCAAAUCGACGAGGUGUUUGCGGCGUGCACCAACCCGUCGCUCCAGCGCAUGAUGUUUUCGGCCACCAUGCUCGAGGGUGUUGAAGAAAUGGCCCAGAGCGUGCUCAAGGACCCGAUCAAGGUCGCGAUCGGUGUCAAGAACGCCGGCGCCAACACGAUCAACCAGCGCCUCUUGUUUGUCGGCAAGGAAGAAGGCAAGCUCGUGGCCAUGAAGCAGCUCAUCCAAGAGGGCUUGAAGCUCCCGGUGCUCAUGUUUGUUCAAAACAAGGAUCGAGCCAAGGAACUCUUCCAUGAGCUGGUCUACGACGGUAUCAACGUUGGCGCGAUCCACGCCGACCGUACGAAAGAACAGCGCGACAAGGUCAUCAAGGACUUUCGGACGGGCUCGGUGUGGGUCCUCAUCUGCACGGAUCUCAUGAGCCGCGGUAUCGACUUCAAGGGCGUCAACAUGGUUAUCAACUAUGAUUUCCCUCAGAGUGCCGUGAGCUACAUCCAUCGCAUCGGUCGUACGGGCCGCAAUGGCCGCAAGGGCGAAGCCGUCACGUUUUUCACGGAAAGUGACAUGAUGUACUUGCGCACGAUUGCCAACGUCAUGAAGCUCUCCGGCUGCGACGUGCCCGACUGGAUGCUUGCGAUGAAGAAGGCGAGCGUCCGCCAGCGCAAGCAGCUGCUCAAGGCGCCGCCGACGCGUCACCGCAUCGAAACGGUCUCUGGCUACGAUCUCAAAAAGGCGCACAAGCACAAGCUCAUGAAGCAGCACACAGCCAAGAAAAAGAACACGGCGGACAACGACGCGAAUGACGCAUAG